CAUGGUGUGGUCGUCAUAGAUGAAAAGCUAUACACUGUUGGUGGAUGUCGUGAUGGGAGGCAGUUAGCUGAUGUUUAGGAAAAAGAACAUUUUCAAAUUGGCACAAGGAGAGUACAUAGCUCCCGAGAAAAUCGAGAGCGUAUAUGCGAAGUGCAACUUUGUGGCACAAUGCUUUGUUUAUGGUGACAGCUUCAAUUCUUCUUUAGUUGCUAUUGUCUGUGUGGACCCUGAUAAAGGAAAUAAUUGGCUUUGGUUGCUUCUUGCUUCAAAAGAAUUGGUGGAACUUUACUUUAGAAUUGAUAUUGGGUUAGAGACCCUGUAUCUGUUGAUGAAUGGACUUAGACCAAGACGCUCAUGAAUGUGUUGCGGGGCACGGUGAUUGAUGAGGCUAAGUAUCUGUUAAUAUGGUAAGUUUUGUCUUUAUUGUGAUGAUGAUGGAUUCGCGACAUAACGUCAACUCGUAAUACAUAUAAAUCAACAAAUAUCUCAGCAAGCUUAGUAUCGACACCAAAGUUUAUAUUAUAUGGUAUCGACACUAAAGUUUAUAUUAUAUAUUUAAACACUUAUAAUUUGUUUUUUUUU